CAUACAUAAAUACAUACACACAUGCAUCCUACAUACAUACACACAUACACAUACAUACAUACAUACAUACAUUCAGUGUUCAUAUCUGUUUUGGGAGGUGGAGACCUGAAUGACAGCUGAGCCUGUCAUCUGUGAGUGGGGAAGACAAGAUACAGACAAGUAGUCGGUCAUUCAUCUUGAUAGGCGCAGACAUGUCUUCUGACCCCACUACACCAACGCAACCAAUUCAAUCCCCGAAGUCACCAGUAACUCCAUCAUACCCAUUUCACAGAGAAGGGAGCCGACUCUGGGAGAGGAGUCACCUUUUUCUUGGAGAUCUGCCCAGUCCUCUACCAACUAAGAGAACUCGUACAUAUUCAGCCACUGCAAGAGCUUCGCAAGGACCGAUCUACAAGGGCGUCUGCAAGCAGUUCUCCCGCUCCCAGGGUCAUGGGUUCAUUACUCCUGAGACGGGAACAGAAGAUAUAUUUGUACACAUUUCGGACAUUGAGGGGGAAUACGUGCCUGUAGAAGGAGAUGAGGUAACGUACAAGAUGUGCCCGAUCCCGCCCAAGAACCAGAAAUUUCAAGCCGUGGAAGUCAUCCUGACUCACCUCUCUCCUCACACAAAACAUGAGACCUGGUCAGGACAGAUCAUCAGCUCUUAGAAUUUAUCAAAGCUUUCUAUAGGUGGUGGGGACCAAACAGAGACAUAAAACUGCCAUAUUGACCCGGAGUCUACUUCUCCAAGAGUCCAGAUCUUCUGGAAAGAUUGAGCCAGUCCUGCGGGGAUAUUUUUCUUUAUUGAUGAAGAUGAGGACUACACACUGGCUCAAGCUGUCCUUAAGAUCUGUUAUAAAUUCCCCGGCUUGUCACUUGUACUAACAUCCAUGUCAUUGAGUUGGAUUUCCACCGAUUUAUUAUCAGGAUUCUUCCGUUUUUCCGCAUAUAGCAUUCUAUAGCAGUAGGACUGACAUGUUGUCAUGUGUUUUUCACUCUUUUGUGACCUUUUUUUGGCCAUUUUUGUCUUUCAGUGAAAUGUUAAAUAUCUGAGUUUUCACUCUAAUUCCGAGCCAGUCUUUUCGCACUCUUUAUAGGGGUUCUGUGCUUUUUAAGAGCUUUCAAUGGCUCUUAGGACUUCUGGUCUGAAAACCUUAACAAUGGCUGCAUUUCUAGAUUUUGUAUCAUUGAGUCACACUUGCUAUGUUGACAUUUGUAUUUUACGAUUUCGUAAUGCAUCGCUGUAACUACAAAUGACCUGUUCCACAUCUGUUUAUUAUUUUUGGGCUUCAUGCACACUACCCUUGACUAUGUUGGUGGAGGGAUAAUUGAGCAUUUAUAUUAAUAGCUGAUGUGAAUAUGACCUGCUUCCAGAUUUCAGUAUAUUCCUGUCAGUUUUAAUACUGUUGAAAGUAUAUUAUUGUGAUUUUCUUUUAUAAAUUUUUGUGUGUGAGUGCCUUAAUUCUUGUAGUAUUGUGCACUGUUUUGUAUUGAAAGCAAUGAUUUUUUUUCCAUCUUUUAUUAUUCUAGCUCGAUUAGAUUUGAAUACAUUUGUUUUGCUUGA